CGCCUCGCCUCGCCAUGGUGGAGCAGGGAGACGCGGCGCCGCUGCUGCGCUGGGCCGAGGGCCCCGCGGUCUCUGUGCCACAGGACCCCGCGCUGCAGGCUGGAGGAUGGGUCCGGGGCGGCAGUGGGGGCGGCCGAGUGGCCGCGGAAGCGCCCCGAAGGCGGGAACCCGACGAGCCAGCUCCCCCCGAAGUGCUGCUGCAGCCGGGGCGCCUGGAGCUAGGCGACGUAGAGGAGGACCAGGUGGUGGCCGUGUUCGUGGUCACCUUCGAUCCUCGCUCCGGAAACAUGGUAGAAUGGUGCUUACCUCAAGAUGUUGACCUUGAAGGUGUCGAGUUCAAGUCUAUGGCCAGCGGGUCGCAUAAGGUCCAGUCCGACUUCAUCUAUUUCCGGAAGGGUCCAUUCUUUGGCCUGGCCUGCUUUGCCAACAUGCCCGUGGAGAGUGAGCUGGAGCGCGGCGCUCGGAUGAAGUCUGUGGGCAUCCUCUCCCCGUCCUACACCCUGCUCUACCGCUACAUGCACUUUUUGGAGAACCAGGUUCGACACCAGCUGGAGAUGCCGGGCCAUUACUCUCAUCUGGCUGCGUUCUAUGAAGACAAGAAAGGGGUGCUCCAUGCUGGCCCCGGGAGGGGAGGCAGCUUGCCACCUGUCUACUGGUUGCCGUCCAUUCACCGCUACAUGUACCCCGAGAUGAAGAUCACACACCCGGCUGGCUGCAUGUCUCAGUUUAUUAAGUUCUUUGGAGAACAGAUCCUCAUUCUUUGGAAGUUCGCCUUACUUCGAAAGCGCAUUCUGAUAUUUUCUCCCCCACCUGUGGGUGUCGUGUGCUAUAGAGUGUACUGUUGCUGUUGUCUGGCCAAUGUGUCCCUGCCUGGCAUCGGGGGCACCAUCCCCGAGUCCAAGCCUUUCUUCUAUGUGAAUGUGGCUGACAUUGAGAGCCUGGAAGUUGAGGUGUCCUAUGUAGCCUGCACCACAGAGAAGAUAUUUGAGGAGAAGCGUGAGCUGUAUGAUGUCUACGUGGAUAACCAGAAUGUAAAGACACACCAUGACCACCUGCAACCCCUGCUGAAGAUCAACAGCGCAGACAGGGAGAAGUACCGUCGGCUCAAUGAGCAGAGGCAGAUGCUGCUGUACUCCCAGGAAGUGGAAGGAGACUACAACCCUUGUGAAGAGGACCUCUUUGUGCUGUUUUUCCUAGAGCAGAACAACCGGAUUUUUCAGACUCUGUUGGAGGUGUCAGCCAGCCAAGAUAAAACUCUAACAGCGGAGCAUGCCCGAGGCAUGGGACUAGAUCCCCAGGGGGACAGGAGCUUCCUCAUGGACCUGCUGGAGGCCUAUGGCAUCGACGUCAUGCUGGUCAUUGACAACCCCUGUUGUCCUUAGGAAGCGUGACAGGACUGGUGGUGAGACCCUCGGUGGGUGACAGGAGCCUGGAGUCACCCCAGGCUCUCAGGAGCGUCACUUUUAAUUAAGUUGACACAAAGGACUGUUUAUACUUUGCAACACACGAAAUUUUUGCCAUUUUCUUUCUGUGCCUCAGCCCUGGAGCUGGGGUGAGGCUGCCUGGGCUCGUAGCCUUUGGUUGGACAUGGGAAUCUACUGUCUUCCACUGCUGCUUCUUUGGGUUUAGUCUUAGGAGUUCUGUGAGUCAGAGUCAGACUCUGGGAUGAACGGUUCAGAAAACCUGUAUGUCUUGUCCUUUGUUGCAAACGAGAAUAAGAUAACCAUGUGUCCCUGUGUGGCCUUAGAUGUUCAUCUAUCUAAAAACAGAAACUAAUCAGAUGACCUUUCAAGGUCACCAAGUUCAAGGAGUCAAGUUGGGAUCACCUAUUUGUCAGAGGGCAAGUCUGCACCUUCUCAGUUCGAUGGAGUAGAGGGACCACGAAGAAGGAAAGAAAUGUUUCUGACAGAAUGGCAGGGAAAGAAUCCUUGAAAUCCUUCCUAAAGCAAGCUGUGAGAUAUAGCAUACACCCCACCCACCCACCCACCAGCUCCUCCACACCCCAGUCCUCUUGGUCAAUGCUGAAGGGUGGUGCUGGCCCUGAGUUUAUAAGCAAAUUCAUUUGACAUCAGAAGUGUCCCUUAAGUGCUGAAUAUCCUUUAGAAUUAACAGGUUCAAAUAAGUAAGGGAAGAAUCUCCAGUUUCUCUAAGAGCUCUGUGGAGAGAUGAUACACAGUCCUACAGCAGAUACUUUUGAUGAAUUCUGAAAUAUAACCAGGCCCCAAGCUGGUUGACUCAGGUUGCGAUGUGAUGUUACCAGGUCUCUACCAAUUUGAAACUCCCACAGACAUCUCUUAAGCAGAGACAACAUUCCUUAGGCUAAGCAAUUGGAUCCACGGACCUAACAGAUUUGACAGGGAAAAUAUAACAGUGCCUCCCAUCCAAGAGAAUAGCUAGAAAUCCCAGACUAACAACCAUGCCCGCUUCUUCUGGUCUGUGAUGAGACUGCGCUCACUUUGUUCUUUGGGGCUGGGAUACUCUGGACUCAUGCACUAUGUUGGAGGGAUGCUGUUAAGCAUAUUCAAAAAGCCAUGUGGAUAGCGACCUAACCAGCCAUCAAACACCCAUGUCUGUAGUUAACGAGCAGCCGGAAUGAUACCCACAGCAGAGAGAACAUUGAAGGGAGGGGCCACACUGCUUAGUUCAGUUCCAGGUUCUUGAGGCUUAUUGCUUAGCUCAAGUAUUUUCACUGUAGCUCCUUGAUAAAAAAUCCCAGAGUGAGGAGGUUGGUGUGUGUGGCAGUGCCAACAGACACUGAUGAGUCAGGGUAACGUCUUUUCUGUAAAUAUAUAAAUAAGUUUAGGCACUGAUACAAACUGUUCCAACUAACUGAUUUUUCUCCUCUGCAGUGUGAGUUUGGCCAUCAUUCCAGAAACACAAUGUUUACAGAAAGCACAGCUGUGCUCAGUGGCUGGUUUCUCCUGCUUCGCCUUUAGGGCUACCCUCUCCUCUUGCCCCAGGGCUGAGCAGGAACCAGCCGAUGCUGAGGGAGCAACACUUCCUCUGGUCUCUAAAGCUCAGAGUCAGGAGUAGAUAACCAGAGACACGAGCUUCUGAGGGACUGGAACUUUCUUCAGAAUUCAGGUUCUUGAAGACCCCAUUUCUGAGAACCUCCCUAGAGCCUUCUGUAUGCCAACACUGCUUCCUGUGUUGUUGAGGCAGCAAGCUGAGAGUUGCUGAUGUAAAGGUAGCAAGGGCCAGGAAGGCCGUCCUUUGUUAACUCGGGCCUCACGGGUUCUGUUAGGUCUUAGGCUCUGGGCUUGCUAACCCCCAGAGCAGAGCUUCUUGUUCAGCAUCUCCUUCAGUCCUUCCCCACCUUGCCAGCUUCCUCACAGGGCACAGAACAUGGCACAGGUGUCUGUGUGCCCGACAAUGUGUAUGCCAGCACCCCUUGUACCCUUUGCCCCCCUUUGUCAGCUGUAGAGUAAGUCUUGAGAAGUGAGCCCUGGCCUCAUCACUAUGCAGUCAUAGCAGACUGCUCCCCCAGUGGCAGUAAGCAGGUGCAAGCCUAUAUAAUAUGCUAUGAAUUUCCUAUAAAGGGAAGUAGUUUGUGUAGUGAUGGCAGAAGCUAGUAGCCACAGGAUGUGCUUGCCUGUCACUCUUGAGAUUUUUUCUGGAAAACCAUCUGGCUUUAUUUGGAAGUAGUUUAUAUCCUUCAUCGCUUUCUGACCAUUAGCAGAGACAGGCAUUUUUUCUUACCACUGCCUCUAGGAAGAGGGCUUGAUCUUAGAUGUGGGUCCUGCGUUCUGCUGGUGGCUCUCAGACCCCUGCCUGAGCUGGCAGAGCCCUUCUGGGGAGCACUAAUCCCUAUCUGUAGCAUGCUGGGAACCAUGUGUUAACCUGGAAGCACUUGCUGACUUGCAUUGCUGGCUAUCCAGUCAUGUUUAAGGUGGGAGAAAUUUCCAAUGGUAACAGUCUUCAGGGGGCCUGACACUGGGACUUUGAGUAUGUGGACACCCAUGUAAGUACAGCGUACUGACUCUAACAAGAGCCUCUUAAAGCGGAUGCUUUCACUUUUGUCAACAGAUGGUAAUAUUCAGCUGGUUGUUGCCUGGCUCAGGACUCUUUCCUCAGAAGCAGUAAAAAUAGCAGAGCUUAUCUCUUACCAGUCUGUAAAGAAGGCCAAGUCAUCGCCUGGUGUUAGCAUUGGCUUUAGACACGAAGCCUUCUUUGUGCCGGGCGUGGAUCCAAGCCUGUGUCGGUGUCCUACCUGGGGCCCAUAUGGUUCAAUUAGUUAGGAGUACAAUUGACAGGAGGCAUUUGCCUCCCACCCCUUCCCCCACUCUGGCUUCCAGAGAGGAGCUGGGUUCAUUGCUGGGAUAGAAGUUAGGAUAGGAACUUGAAACUAUAACUUACCUUGCUGGAAACCACGGAAAGGUGAGAGUGAUGCUCAAAUACACUAGUGCCAGAUGCUUCAUGGGAAGGUCCGCUUAUAUAGUUACUGAAUGUAUUUUAGCUAGGUGAUAAAGGUAAAUUAAACCGUAGCUAAUGGCUGUCUUCAUUCUGGUGGCAAGGGGCACGAAUCUCCUGUCUUGAGGCACUGAAAGCCAGCCUAUCGAUGCAGGAAAGGUAAGAUGGACUCAUCCUUCCACUGAAGCUUUUGGGAAGACUUCUCUAAGGGUGGUAGGGAAUUAGCUGGUGGCAAAAGCCAGCCUCCUAGAGAUGCAGGGACUUGGGAACUGUCUUUUCCCUUAAACUGCACAGUCAGAGAGUGGGUUGAGAUGGUCUCUCCAAGUCCAGGGUGACAGUCCUUGUAGAGGUAAAGAAAGGAUGUGGGGUAUGGGUGAACAGAACUGUAAGACAAUGCUGGGUCUCAGUGAACAUGCCUUAUUAUGAGAAGAGUUUGAAAACUGAUAAGAGCAUCCGUAGGACAUCUUCCCCUGAGGCUUCCAGGCUAAGGGGCUCGGAUUCUGAGAGCUGUCCAGCAUGCCCUCUCUCCCUCAUAGUUCAGCCUUCUACAUGGUGAGGCCCAUAGCUUACCUCAGGCAGGCCGUUUCAUCCCUUCUCAUUUCAUGAAAACCCUUUUCAGUCAGGGAGAGGAGGGGGAGGAGUUAAGGGCUCCUUUUUACCCAAGUCAUGGGUUUUGACUAUUCUACUUCAUAGCUAAUAUACCUCUGUUCCCAGGAGCUACUGAAGUACCCAGUGUUGUGGGGAAAAGACAGUGAAUGAAGGUAAUGCUUUUCCUAUGAGAAAUGGAAGUUUAUUUUUUAUACCAGUGUUACUGAAUGGUGAAUUAAGUACUGGAAUGUUGAAGUGGAAAGGAAUUGCAAAGUUACCAUCUAAAAGGCAACGGGCAGCUUUGUGGUUGAAUAGCAGCGGAGGCCCUCGGACAUGUUGCUGUCCAUGGCAGUGUUUUAAGACAUGAGCACAUCCUCUCUGCUGUAUUAUUUCAGCAGCACUGCAGGAGAUAAAGCCAACUGGCCUGGCAAGAUGAGCCGGACAGUGAUCAUCCACUUGGGCGAAGCUGUAGCAUAGAAGAGCGCAAUGGCCUUUCGGUGACUCUUCCUUCUUGGUCAAGAGAGGGGGAACAAGAGGUAGUAUGCUACCUGGCACUUUAAUUCAUUUUAGUGGCUGCAAGUUGGGUAAUAGUGUAAAUUUAGAAAAGGAAUAGGACUUUUCUGGUGCUAUAUAGAGCAACAAAGAUGGGACGAAUAAAACUCCUUUUUAGAGCUUAUUCUAGAAUGUCAGCAUGGUGCUGGCUCUCAGAACCAUGUUGACUUAAAUUCUGACAGGUUUACAGCAGAGGAUUUGUUUGCAUUAGCAGCAGGUACCUGUUUUUUCUGCUGAGUUUACUUUGCUUCCUAAUGAUACUGGGGCUCACUGAGGCAGGGCAGGGUUUUAUAAAUUGUGCAUAGAUGGAACUGCAAAGAGAAAAAAUCCCAUACAGAGCAAAUAUAUGUAAUUGACAUUGUAUCUGGGUAAAUUAAGUAAGGAUAUAUAAAAGUCAGGCAAACUCAAAGUUCAUUUUCCUUGUCCAUCAGAAAUGCCUUCAACCAUGAGAAAUAGGAGAUUCUGUCCUCCUGAACUGCUGUGUAAGUGGCUGCCAGGCUUUGGGACAAGGGUAAACAAAACCAACUUCCUUUAUUUGCCCAAAACUUGGAUACAUUUUUUAAAAUAAGUCUGGAAUAUAAUCCUUCCUGAAAAAGAAAUCAUAGUAACCAAGGAAAUAUGUUUUCCUAGUUUUUUUUUUUUUUAAACAUAGUGUCCCUGUUGCCUUAAAUGUAAAAACCUAUUUUGAGUAAUAACCCCAGCCUAAAAGUUAUAGCAAUAAAAGAACCUGAAUCUAUUUUUGUUUCAAGUCUUUACCUCAUAUGACAAAGUCAGAAGGAUAAUUGUUAAGUUUUGCUCUGGGUACUACUGCAGACCGAUGUAUCCUUUCUCUGUGUCUCCAGUGGAGUAUUAUUUACAGACCUGAAGGAAGCUGGGCUUAACCCCCAAGGCUAAGUGUAAAUGUUUCUUGAAUUGAUUCUUUCUGUGGUAUAAGUUAACACCUGUGUAUAUCAUAUCUGUAUAUAUCUGAACCAAGUUAUGUGCAGAGGUUGAUAAUAACUAUAUUUACAAAAACGUUUUUACAAUUAAAGUUCACAUUUUAACACGA